AUGGUCUUGGAAAGGGCGCGGGUGGUGCUUCAGAUUUUGGCCGCCUUUGCACUAGCCAUCGCCGUCGAAGUGACCGAUUCGAUGAACAGCAGUCUCGCGUCGACGCAGCACCAGCCGGUGAUGCCGGUGUCGGAGGUAAAGAGGCAAAUCGAGCCUCCCUGGCCCGCGAGUCCACCGGAACUCAUGCCGAUCAACGAGCCCUACCCGCGCAUGCCCCAGACGGCACCCAACACCCACCCACAGCCCAAUUACUACCUGCCGCCUGCUUACGGAAAUCAAUACGCGCCGGCGCCGCCGUCACCGCCAACGACGGAAUUUCGAAGCGAGCACUACGCCUACCCGUUCGAGCCGAGCUAUUUCUCGUACCCCGUGGCCCAGGGCCCGUCGAUCGACGCGUCCCUUGUCCCGACGGCCAAGCACUUUGUCAUUGUCAGUUUCAUCGGUCUGCUCCUGCUGUUCGCCGUCAUCCAGAAUUCCAUAGCCGCGGCCAAGCGCAAGGACGCUCUGGUCGAGGUCCUGGCGAGUCAUCGGAAAAAACGAGAUCUCAUCUUUGCCUCCUCCUCCAACUUUCGGAACUUGACUCCCGAGGUGGAAUCGGCCCUCAAAGAGGACGCUCGUAUACGCUGCAUCCAGAGGACGCUGUGCUUUGAGAACCGCAAGCUCCUCGAGGACCUCGGGAUCUUUGGCAAGGUUUUGGCCAAGUACCUCACUCACAGUGUGCAACAGUCUCUGAAGGACUCGACGCCGGGCUGGGAUCGGCUGGUCGAAGAUGCCGCAGAGGCAGGGCUCAGGAACGAAGAUUGCGACGUUCUCUACAGGGAUUGUAAUUUUGAGGUCUCGAGUGACUCUAAACUAGUCGAUGACGAAGUAGAGGAUGGGGAGGAAGAAGAAGAAUACAAGUAA